GAGAGGCGGGAAUAGCAAACCGGUCUACUUGGUUCGGUUGAGAAGGAGUCUGGCCGAGGGGGUGUAUAAUUUGGUGCAGAAACGGCGAGAAGAGGCAGGAUUUUUUUUCAAUAACUAGAAUACAGUCGAGUUGAGAGGGUUAUCUGGUUAUUUGUUUUUUAGUUUCUCAAGCUUUUUCACUGCACCAGGUGACCUGUUGUGUUGUGGUAUCUGGCGAUGGCACAGCGGAGUGGGCAGGAGGACCCGGAGCGGUACCUCUUCGUGGACCGGGCGGUGGUGUACAACCCGGCCACGCAAGCCGACUGGACGGCCAAGAAGCUUGUGUGGAUCCCGUCGGAGCGGCAUGGCUUCGAGGCAGCCAGCAUCCGCGAGGAGCGGGGGGACGAGGUGCUGCUGGAGCUGGCCGAGAACGGCAAGAAGGCCAUGGUCAACAAGGACGACAUCCAGAAGAUGAACCCGCCCAAGUUCAGCAAGGUGGAGGACAUGGCCGAGCUCACCUGCCUGAACGAGGCCUCGGUCCUGCACAACCUGAAGGACCGAUACUACUCCGGCCUCAUCUACACAUACUCCGGACUCUUCUGCGUGGUCAUAAACCCCUACAAAAACCUGCCGAUAUACUCAGAGAACAUCAUCGAAAUGUACAGGGGCAAAAAGCGCCACGAGAUGCCCCCCCACAUCUACGCCAUCUCCGAGUCGGCCUACAGGUGCAUGCUUCAAGAUCGGGAGGACCAAUCAAUUCUUUGCACAGGUGAAUCAGGUGCUGGGAAAACGGAAAAUACCAAGAAGGUCAUUCAGUACCUGGCCCACGUCGCUUCAUCCCACAAAGGAAGGAAAGACCACAACAUUCCUCCUGAAUCGCCUAAACCAGUGAAACUCCAGGGCGAGCUGGAACGUCAGCUUCUGCAAGCCAACCCCAUCCUCGAGUCCUUCGGGAACGCCAAGACAGUGAAAAAUGACAACUCUUCACGUUUUGGCAAGUUCAUCCGGAUCAACUUCGAUGUCACCGGUUACAUCGUCGGGGCCAAUAUAGAGACCUAUCUGCUGGAGAAAUCCAGAGCCAUCCGUCAAGCCAAAGAUGAGAGGACCUUCCACAUCUUCUACCAGCUGCUGGCUGGAGCAGGAGAGCACCUCAAAUCCGACUUGCUCCUGGAAGGACUGAAUAGCUACCGCUUCCUCUCCAACGGCAACAUUCCCAUCCCCGGCCAGCAGGACAAGGACAACUUCCAGGAGACUAUGGAGGCCAUGCACAUCAUGAGCUUCUCCCACGAUGAGAUCCUGGCCAUGCUGAAGGUGGUCUCCUCAGUGCUGCAGUUCGGGAACAUCGUGUUCAAGAAGGAGAGGAACACGGACCAGGCCUCCAUGCCUGAGAACACGGCUGCCCAGAAGUUGUGCCACCUGUUGGGCUUGAACGUGAUGGAGUUCACCCGCGCCAUCCUCUCCCCCCGAAUCAAGGUCGGCAGAGACUAUGUCCAGAAAGCACAGACCAAAGAGCAGGCGGACUUCGCUAUCGAGGCCCUGGCCAAGGCCACCUACGAGCGGCUGUUCCGCUGGCUCGUCCACCGCAUCAACAAGGCCCUGGACAGGACCAAGCGGCAGGGCGCCUCCUUCAUCGGCAUCCUGGACAUCGCCGGAUUCGAGAUCUUCCAGCUGAACUCCUUUGAGCAGCUCUGCAUCAACUACACCAACGAGAAGCUGCAGCAGCUCUUCAACCACACCAUGUUCAUCCUGGAGCAGGAGGAGUACCAGAGGGAGGGCAUCGAGUGGAGCUUCAUCGACUUCGGCCUGGACCUGCAGCCCUGCAUCGACCUCAUCGAGAGGCCGGCGAACCCCCCUGGCGUCCUGGCCCUCCUGGAUGAGGAGUGCUGGUUCCCCAAGGCCACGGAUAAGACCUUCGUGGAGAAGCUGGUGCAGGAGCAGGGCACCCACCCCAAGUUCCAGAAGCCCCGGCAGCUGAAGGACAAGGCCGACUUCUGCAUCAUCCACUACGCCGGCAAGGUGGACUACAAGGCAGACGAGUGGCUGAUGAAGAACAUGGACCCCCUGAACGACAACGUGGCCACACUCCUUCACCAAUCCACCGACAAGUUUGUGGGAGAGCUGUGGAAGGACGAGAUUCAGAUUAUACAAAGAGCCUCUUUCUAUGACAAUGUUUCUAGUCUCCAUGACCCUCCAGUGGACCGCAUUGUAGGGCUGGACCAGGUGGCCGGGAUGAACGAGACCGCUUUUGGGUCGACCUACAAGACCAAGAAGGGCAUGUUCCGCACCGUGGGACAGCUGUACAAAGAGUCCCUUACCAAGCUGAUGGCCACCCUGAGGAACACCAACCCAAACUUUGUCCGCUGCAUCAUCCCCAACCACGAGAAAAGGGCGGGUAAACUGGACCCCCACCUUGUUCUGGACCAGCUGAGGUGUAACGGAGUUCUGGAGGGGAUCCGCAUCUGCAGACAGGGCUUCCCCAACCGUAUCGUCUUCCAGGAGUUCAGACAGAGGUAUGAGAUCCUCACCCCCAAUGCCAUCCCCAAGGGCUUCAUGGACGGCAAGCAGGCCUGUGAGAGAAUGAUCCGAGCCCUGGAGCUGGACCCCAACCUCUUCCGGAUCGGUCAGAGCAAAAUCUUUUUCCGGGCCGGAGUCCUCGCCCACCUGGAGGAGGAGCGGGACCUGAAGAUCACUGACAUCAUCAUCUACUUUCAGUCCGUCUGCCGAGGAUACCUGGCUCGCAAAGCCUUCGCUAAGAAGCAGCAGCAGCUCAGCGCCCUGAAGGUGCUGCAGAGGAACUGCGCCGCCUACCUGAAACUGCGCCACUGGCAGUGGUGGAGGCUCUUCACCAAGGUGAAGCCGCUGCUCCAGGUGACCCGGCAGGAGGAGGAGAUGCAGGCCAAGGAUGAGGAGCUGAUUAAGGUCAAGGAGAAACAGACCAAGGUGGAGGGAGAGCUGGUGGACAUGGAGAGGAAACACCAGCAGCUCCUGGAGGAGAAGAGCAUCCUGGCGGAGCAGCUGCAAGCGGAGACGGAGCUGUUUGCCGAGGCGGAGGAGAUGCGCGCCCGCCUGGCCGCCAAGAAGCAGGAGCUGGAGGAGAUCCUGCAUGACCUGGAGUCCCGGGUGGAGGAGGAGGAGGAGAGGAACCAGAGCCUGCAGAACGAGAAGAAGAAAAUGCAGUCGCACAUCCAGGACCUGGAGGAGCAGCUGGACGAGGAGGAAGCCGCUCGGCAGAAGCUGCAGUUGGAGAAGGUGACGGCCGAGGCCAGGAUCAAAAAGAUGGAGGAGGACAUCUUGCUUCUGGAGGACCAGAACUCCAAGUUCACAAAGGAGAAGAAGCUGCUGGAGGACCGCGUGGGGGAGAUCACCUCGCUGCUCACCGAGGAGGAGGAGAAAGCCAAGAACCUGGGCAAGCUGAAAAAUAAGCAGGAGAUGAUGAUGGUGGACCUGGAAGAGCGUCUGAAGAAGGAGGAGAAGACGAGGCAGGAGCUGGAGAAGGCCAAGAGGAAGCUGGACGCGGAGACCACGGACCUGCAGGACCAGAUCGCCGAGCUGCAGGCCCAGAUCGAGGAGCUCAAGGUCCAGCUGGCCAAGAAGGAGGAGGAGCUGCAGGCCUCACUGGCACGGGGCGACGAGGAGGUGGCGCAGAAGAACAACGCUCUGAAGCAGGUGCGGGAGAUGCAGGCGCAGCUGGCCGAGCUGCAGGAGGACCUGGAGUCGGAGAAGAUGUCGCGAAACAAGGCCGAGAAGCUGAAGAGGGACCUGAGCGAGGAACUGGAGGCCCUGAAGACGGAGCUGGAGGACACGCUGGACACCACGGCCGCCCAACAGGAGCUCAGGACCAAGCGUGAGCAGGAGGUGGCGGAGCUGAAGAAGGCCAUCGACGAGGAGACCAAGAACCAUGAGUCGCAGAUCCAGGAGAUGCGGCUGAGACACUCCUCUGCCCUGGAGGAGCUGUCUGAGCAGCUGGAGCAGGCCAAGAGGUUCAAGUCCAACCUGGAGAAGAACAAGCAGACCCUGGAGAGCGACAACAAGGAGCUGGCGGUGGAGGUGAAGGGGCUGCAGCAGGGCAAGGCCGAGUCCGAGCACAAGAGGAAGAAGCUGGAGGCGCAGCUACAGGAGGUCGUGGCUCGGGUGACCGAGGGAGAGCGGUCAAAGGGCGAGCUGGCGGACCGCACCCACAAACUGCAGGCGGAGUUGGACAAUGUUUCAGCACUGCUGGAGGAGGCUGAAAAGAAGGGAAUCAAACUGGCCAAGGACACCUCCAGCCUGGAGAGCCAGCUGCAGGACACCCAGGAGCUACUGCAGGAGGAGACUCGUCAGAAGCUGAACCUGAGCAGCCGCAUCCGGCAGCUUGAGGAGGAGAAGAGCAGCCUGCAGGACCAGCAGGAAGAAGAGGAGGAGGCACGGAAAAAUCUGGAAAAGCAGCUGGCCAACCUGCAGGCCCAGCUGUUUGAGACAAAGAAGAAGCUGGAGGAUGACGUGGGGGUGAUGGAUGGGCUGGAGGAGGUGAAGAGGAAGCUGCAGAAAGACAUGGAGUGCACCUCCCAGAGGCUGGAGGAGAAGGCCAUGGCCUUCGACAAGAUGGAGAAGACCAAGACCCGCCUGCAGCAGGAGCUGGACGACCUGAUGGUGGACCUGGACCAUCAGCGGCAGAUCGUCUCCAACCUGGAGAAGAAGCAGAAGAAGUUUGACCAGAUGCUGGCGGAGGAGAAGAACAUCUCGUCUCGCUACGCGGAGGAACGGGACCGGGCGGAGGCAGAGGCCCGGGAGAAGGACACCAAGGCCCUGUCUAUGACCCGCGCUCUGGAGGAGGCUCUGGAGGCCAAAGAGGAGUUUGAGAGGCUCAACAAACAGCUGCGUACCGAGAUGGAGGACCUCAUGAGCUCCAAGGACGACGUGGGGAAGAACGUGCACGAGCUGGAGAAGUCAAAGCGCACCCUGGAGCAGCAGGUGGAGGAGAUGCGCACCCAGCUGGAGGAGCUGGAGGACGAGCUGCAGGCCACGGAGGACGCCAAGCUGAGGCUGGAGGUCAACAUGCAGGCCAUGAAGGCCCAGUUCGACAGGGACCUCCAGGCCCGCGACGAGCAGAACGAGGAGAAGAAGAGGAUGCUGGUCAAACAGGUGAGGGAGAUGGAGGUCGAGCUGGAGGACGAGCGGAAGCAGAGGGCCCUGGCCGUGGCCGCCAAGAAGAAGAUGGAGAUGGACCUGAAAGACCUGGAGGCUCAGAUCGAGGCGUCCAACAAGGCCCGCGACGAGGCCAUCAAACAGCUACGCAAGCUUCAGGCCCAGAUGAAGGACUAUCAGAGGGAGCUGGAGGAGGCUCGUGCUUCUCGCGACGAGAUCUUCAGCCAGUCCAAGGAGAACGAGAAGAAGCUGAAGGGCCUGGAGGCCGAGAUUCUCCAGCUGCAGGAGGACCUGGCAGCUUCAGAGAGAGCCCGACGUCACGCAGAGCAGGAACGGGACGAGCUGGCUGACGAAAUCUCCAACAGUGCCUCUGGGAAGUCAGCCCUGCUGGAUGAGAAGAGGAGGCUGGAGGCACGGAUCUCCCAGCUGGAGGAGGAGCUGGAGGAGGAGCAGAGCAACAUGGAGCUGCUCAACGACCGCUUCCGCAAGACCACCAUGCAGGUCGACACCCUGAACACGGAGUUGGUGGGCGAGCGCAGCAUGGCACAGAAGAGUGAGAACGCCCGGCAGCAGCUGGAGAGGCAGAACAAGGAGCUGAAGGCCAAGCUGCAGGAGCUGGAGGGCUCGGUCAAGUCCAAGUUCAAGGCCACCAUCACCGCCCUGGAGGCCAAGAUCCUGCAGCUGGAGGAGCAGCUGGAGCAGGAGGCCAAGGAGAGAGCCGCUGCCAACAAGAUAGUGCGCCGCACGGAGAAGAAGCUGAAGGAGGUGUUCAUGCAGGUGGAGGACGAGCGUCGCCAUGCCGACCAGUACAAGGAGCAGAUGGAGAAGGCCAACUCCAGGAUGAAGCAGCUGAAGAGGCAGCUGGAGGAGGCGGAGGAGGAGGCCACCCGCGCCAACGCCAACCGUCGCAAGCUGCAGAGAGAGCUGGAGGACGCCACCGAGGCCAGCGAGGGCCUGAGCCGGGAGGUCAACACCCUGAAGAACCGCCUCAGGCGCGGAGGCCCUAUCAGCUUCUCCUCCAGCCGCUCGGGCCGCCGGCAGCUGCAGAUGGAGGGCGCCUCCGUGGAGCUGUCGGACGACGACGGCGGCGACAGCAAGGCCAGCGACGUCAACGAGACGCCCGCGCCGCAGCCCGAGUAGAGGCCCGAGUGAGCCAGCCAGCCAGCCAGCCAGCAUGCUACAGCCCCUCCUCUCCCUGCCCCCGAAGCCAGCACAGCACAUCUCUGCCUUACCAACGGCCGCACACACACUCCUCUAUACCGCGUCUUAAUAUAGCUCUCGCCUUGUGACAAUGUACUCCGCUUACGAUAAAGAACACACAGGUACGAGCGCAUUUAUACAUGCCCGCCGCGUGUAUGUACGUGCAUGUUUAUAUGCGUUGUGUACGCACAUGCACCCAAACGGAGAAUAAAAGGAGCGAUUGACUUUUUUUCCCCCCCCCCACCUCCUCUCACAGAUACGCCAUGUAAAGCCAUCUCGUAGAUAAGUAGGCCUGAUACCCUCCCUGUGCUCUGGAUGAACGGUAGUCCCCCUUCCGGCGGGCUUCGCGCAGGUGCAGACGGGCCGUCACUGCUGCAUGCCUCUCUGAUGUACAGACCGUUUGGCUACCAUUACCAACACCGCGGAAAGGUGUGACAAGAGUUGCGUUUUCACCACUUCUGAGAUGGGACUGGAAAAUUCAAACUGUGAAAAAGGCUAGAGUGUUUUCCGAUCGCAGGAAUAAACGACUGAAUAAAUUGUAGGAUUCUUAUGGAGGUAUCCUUUUUUUUUUUUUUUUAAACACUAACACUUUUGUAUUGUGUCCAGGAGAGACAGUUUAGCAUGCUUUGGAAUGGGGCGGGGGCUGGGGGGGGUGAUGUAAGCGCUUGUAUGGUCACAUGGACAGGCCUGUGUGGAUGAUGCGUACGGAAUGUGGCAGGCACAGGAAGCACUUGGGAGUACACGCCCCUCCUCCCCCCUCCCCCCUCGGAGAACGGCCGAGCUUUGCGCUGAAACGCGGUGCUUCGCAGCACUCGAACCCUGCCUAAAAAAAUAAAAAUAGAAAUGCAGGUACGACCCCCCCCCCCUCCCCAUUGUUCUAUGUAACAACUGUAGUUGAAAUAUUUCUUUGACAGAAAGGAGUCUGAAACGAUUUCACACUUGCCCUUUCAGAGUGAGGGGCUUGUUUGUCACGGUCUGUGACGAGCUAAGGACCUGGAUCUGAUCACGUUAGUCUAUUAACCACUAAUGUAGCCCCGCCCCCUCUCUCAGCCAGACACCCAUACCUGGACCGCUUUUAUUUUGGUCAUAGACAUGGCAGAAUCUGCGUAUCUAUCACUACUGUUCUCACCCAUUUUAACUGCAUUAAAGGUCAUCUACAAAACAAAAUGCAUUUAUUCUGUUAGUUAUACAUUUCUUUGAGAAGUGCCUUAGACACUACAUAAAGCAUUAGUGGAAGUAAAAAUGUUUACAUAUAUGUAUUUAUUGGACAUAUACAUAUAUGCAUUACUAUGUGCAAACACAAAACAAAAAAAAUGAAACAGGUAAACAUCUUUUUUUUUUUUGUAUUUUGCUGUGCUUCUUAUACCUGAUGUACCUCUUCAGUUGUAGUGAUCAGAUAGUAUGUGGAUAUGAAUCAGUGUUAUUACCUGUAUGAAAUGUUGAGCCUUCUGUUCUUUUGGACAGGAUGUUUUGUGAUUUCAUUUGGUUAAAAGCUUUAACAUUCAUGAGGUAGUUAUAUUAUUGGACUGGCUGUUGACAACCAGGCAUUCAACUACAAAUAUCUCCUAUUAUUUCUUGUAUACCUGUAUUUCUAGACAAUGAUUUUUGUAAAAGAAAAUAAACAUAUUCAUUAUAGAAA